AUGUUUGCUGAUGCUUUUAGAGAGCUCCAAGUCCCGGCUCACUUGCUUGACCGAAGCAUCACCCCUCUCGUGAGCUUCUCUGGAGAUGUUGUUCAGCCUCUUGGCAGCAUCCACCUUCCUAUCUCCAUUAGUUCAACACCUCAGCAGGCUACAGUCACCACUCCCUUCCUUAUCGUUGACUGCCCCACAGCUUACAACAUCAUCCUCGGAUGCCCAGCCUUGGCGCAAAUGAAGGUUUUCAUUUCCACACAUAUGUUGCUGCUGAAAUUCCCUACCCACCAUGGCAUGGGCAAGGUUCGUGGCGACCAACUUGGUGCUCGAAGCUGCUAUGCUUCAGUAGUCAAGUCCACCAAUCGCCAGAAUAGGGGUGAGGCCCUUGCGGUAACCAACGCCCUAGCCCCUCCUUGA